GAACAAGAUAACGAAGAACUGUCUAGAAUCUUACUCAUUUCUUCUCUAUAUACAUAUGCACGUUUGUUUUGGAAAUAAGCUCCGCUAAAGAAGAAGAAAAGAGAAGAAAACAAAUGGCAGAUGGAAUAUUCUGGCAUCCAUUUUGGAGAUUUCGUGAAUGGUCAGGAGGAUCAACAGCUCUGAUUGAUUGGAUGGAAUCUGCAAAUGCUCAUAUCUUCAAAGCCAACGUUCCAGGGUACAACAAAGAAGACAUAAAAGUGCAAAUUGAAGAAGGAAACGUUCUAAGCAUUAAAGGAGAAGGACUGAAGAAGGAAGAGAAAGAAAAGAAAGAGGAUUUAGUGUGGCAUGUAGCGGAGAGAGAAGCUUUUUCCGGUAAAGGCGAGUUUCUCCGAAGGAUUGAAUUGCCAGAAAAUGUGAAAAUCGACCAAGUAAAAGCUUACGUGGAGAACGGUCUCCUCACGGUGGUCGUUCCUAAAGAUACGUCACCCAAAUCCUCCAAAGUACGGAAUAUCAAUAUCACUAGCAGGCUCUGAAAUUUAAACUGGUUUGAACCGGCUUUUGGUUCUCAUUAGCCUAAAGUUUGAAUAAAAUGUAGACUGUAAAAUAGUACUUCAUGAAUCAAACAAAAUUGCAAAAUCAAAUCCCGUUUUAUUGGGUUUUGGUUUUCAUGAGCCAAAACUUCAAAUGAGAUUGUACUCUCUACUUCACAAA